AUGCUUUUCGGGUGUGUUCGUUUUGGUACUCUUCGUUGCUCUAGUGGCUUGAGCAAUUUCCCGUGGCGAAUUGCAAGCAGGUUCCGCGGCUGUGCUUCCUUAUGCCUUCUCGCGGAAGACGGGAAGUGUUCUGUUAAUGAUUUGACGCUCAACUCCGUGGUCAAAGUCUUUUGCCGCUCUGCCAAGUCUAGCUUUUUACAACCUUGGCAGAAAAGGCUGCCAGAACAAUCGAGUGGCUCUGGAUUUGUUUUCGCGAGAAAUAAGAUUCUUACAAACGCUCACGUAGUCGCUGAUCACACGUUCGUGCAAGUCAGAAAGCAUGGUUCGCCCACCAAGUACAAAGCAAAAGUUGAAGCAGUCGGGCAUGAAUGUGAUUUGGCAAUAUUGGUGAUCAAAAGCAAAAAGUUUUGGGAGGAUAUGAAGCCCUUGGAACUCGGAGACAUACCGUCCCUCUACCAAAAUGUGUAUGUUGUUGGAUAUCCUAAAGGUGGUGACAAUAUCUCUAUUACGAAAGGUGUUGUCUCUAGAGUUGAGCUUACAGAAUAUUCUCACAGCCAAGCUAAGCUAAUGACGAUACAGAUAGAUGCGGCUAUUAAUCCGGGAAAUAGUGGCGGUCCAGUAGUCAUGGAAAACACAGUCGUUGGUGUAGCAUUUCAAGGUCUUCCAUCUUCGGAGAAUACGGGCUACAUAAUCCCAACUCCAGUAAUUAAGCACUUUGUAGCUAAUGUUGAAGAGAAUGGUCCAUUCAGUGGGUUUUGCUCACUGGGUAUAACGUGCCAGCAUAUGGAGAAUGUUCAGAUCCGUAGUUACUUUAAGAUGAAUCCUAAAAUGACAGGGAUUCUGAUAAAAGAAAUAAGCGCAUUCUCGAGUGCCUACAGUAUUCUAAAAAAGGAUGACAUUCUUCUCUCAAUGGAUGGCCUUUCUAUAGGAAACGAUGAGACAGUUAAUUUUCGGAAGAAGGAACGAAUAAAUUUCAAUCACUUUGUUUCUAUGAAGAAACCAAGUGAAACAACUUUACUUAAAGUCUUGAGAGAGGGAAAACAACAUGAAUUCAAUAUCAAUAUAAAACCUGUGGAACCGCUGAUUCCAGUGUAUCAAUAUGAUAAGCUUCCAAGUUAUUACAUACUCGCUGGUAUUGUCUUUGUGCCUCUCACUAAGCCAUACAUGGAUUGUUGUUAUUCCAUAUGCGACUGUGUAUUCGGAAACAUGCCCAAAAAAGCCGGUGAACAGAUCGUCGUAAUUUCUCAGGUGUUAGAGGAUGACAUUAAUGUAGGAUACUCCAGUUUCGAAGAUAUUGAGGUGAGGAAAGUGAACGGAGUGCAAGUGGAGAAUUUGAAGCAUCUAUGUCAGCUCAUAGAGGAAUGCUGUACCGAGGAUUUGAGGCUGGACUUAGAACAGGAGAAUGUAAUCAUCCUCAAGCACAAACCUGCGAUAAAAGCCACUCCUAAGAUAUUAAAACGUUACGGAAUACCAUCUGCCAAGUCUAAGGACCUUCGAUCUCCGCGGACCGUAGUAACUGGAGUAUAG